AUGUUCUGUGUUUCCCUGUUUUUCUUCUUAGCUAAAAAAAAGUUGAGAGCUUUACAAUUUUUCCCACUUUUUUUUCAAGAAAAUUUGUGGGUUUUUUCUUCUUUAGCUAUAAAAUUUGUGGGUUUUAUUCCAUUUUUGUUAAAGUUGAGAUGGCAAGAAACGGCGUGUUUUCACGGCGGCGAAGGGCGGAGAGAGUGGAGGAGUUUGAAGAGUUGUUGCCGUUAACGGAGUCAACUAACGAAGUUCAUGUUCUUGCUGUUGAUGAUAGUCUUGUGGACAGAAUAGUAAUUGAAAGGCUCCUCAAAAUUACAUCUUGCAAAGUGACUACAGUGGAUAGUGGGAUGAGAGCUUUGAAAUAUCUUGGAUUGGAUGAAGAACAGAGCUCUGUUAGAAUUGAUGGUUUGAAGGUGGAUCUGAUAAUUACAGAUUAUUGUAUGCCUGGAAUGACUGGCUAUGAUUUGCUCAAAAAGAUUAAGGGUUCAUCUUUUAGAGAAAUUCCAGUUGUGAUCAUGUCUUCUGAAAAUGUUUUGACUAGAAUUGACAGAUGUUUGGAAGAAGGUGCCGAAGAUUUCCUAUUGAAACCAGUGAAAUUGUCGGAUGUAAAACGUUUGAAGAGUUACAUGUUCAACGAGGAUCGAUUUAGGGAAGAAGAAAAAGGAAUGAACAAGAGAAAGUUGCCGGAAACAUCGUCCGAUGAGUCAUCAACCCCAACUCUCUCACCUUCACCGUCAAUGUCACCAUCACCAUCGCCCUCGCCAUCGCUUGAUCUCUCAUCAACCCCUUCACCGCCAUCCACUUCAUCUCCUUCAUCUCCCAAAGCACUUUCGUCGUCCCUCUCUAUUGAUUCAUCGACACAUUCCACCGAUUCUUCCAUGCCCUCUUCGCCAACAUCACCAACAAGACGACUCAAAAUGAGCAGCCAAGAUUUGUGA